CUUCCUUCCUCUCAACUCCCAUCGUUUCCCAUACAACCUACCACACGAUACAGAGGCUUCAUUCAAAGACAACUUCCUUCCCCUUUUCCGCCGGACAAAAUAUUCUCGAAAGCAAAGGCUUAGUGUGACGAAGGCGGACAGCCGAGAGAAACCCAAUUUCCAGGGGAGGGAGAGGCCAGACCGCUGAACAAAGGAAGCGAGUACAUCAACACUCCCGCUAUCCUAUCCUAUCCUAUCCUAACACUGCGUUCCCCCGGUCUAACAACACACCCAAUACUCUACCGGUGUUACAACAACCGUUCGCACUGAUAUCCAUCGAUACGAGAGCACCCGUUAUUUGACUGGACAUCCUUCUUAUUUUGUCCUAUCCUGCCUCAGAUUCUCCAGCGCCAGGCUCGCUUCCGGAACUAUUUGUUCCAUUUUUAUACCCACCUCCCUCCCCUCUAACGAAAGGAGCUUGAGAUAUUUCUCCUCUUUAUUCUCUCUUUCUUCUCAGUAUACCCUCUCGUUAUAAAAUUUCGUGAACCGGCAUUUGCGAAGAAUAGCGGGAAGGACGAUGUCUAGGCAUAAUUCUUCUUCAAGGAAAAUUUCCUUCAAUGUCAGCGACCAGUAUGAGAUCCAGGAUGUUGUCGGCGAAGGGGCUUACGGAGUUGUGUGUUCGGCUCUUCACAAACCCUCGGGCCAAAAGGUUGCAAUUAAGAAGAUUACUCCGUUCGAUCACAGUAUGUUCUGCUUGAGGACGCUUCGCGAGAUGAAGUUGUUGAGAUACUUCAAUCAUGAAAAUAUUAUCAGUAUUCUGGAUAUUCAGAAGCCAAGGAACUAUGAGACCUUUACCGAAGUCUAUCUCAUACAGGAGCUUAUGGAAACUGAUAUGCAUCGUGUGAUUCGCACGCAAGAUCUUUCGGAUGAUCAUUGCCAGUACUUUAUUUACCAGACCCUACGUGCUCUGAAAGCCAUGCAUUCGGCCAAUGUUUUGCACAGGGAUCUCAAACCUUCGAAUUUGUUGCUUAACGCAAACUGCGAUUUGAAGGUUUGUGAUUUUGGGCUUGCUCGAUCUGCCGCCAGCACUGAAGACAACUCUGGUUUUAUGACUGAAUACGUUGCUACAAGAUGGUACAGAGCUCCAGAGAUAAUGUUGACCUUCAAGGAAUACACCAAGGCUAUUGAUGUUUGGAGUGUGGGUUGUAUUUUAGCGGAAAUGCUGAGUGGAAAACCUCUCUUCCCAGGAAAAGAUUAUCAUCAUCAACUCACUUUGAUUUUGGAUGUUCUUGGAACGCCUACCAUGGAGGAUUACUACGGAAUCAAAUCUCGUCGUGCGCGUGAAUACAUUCGCUCACUUCCAUUCAAGAAAAGAAUUCCGUUCUCUGCCAUGUUCCCGAAGACAUCCGCAUCGGCGCUGGAUCUUUUAGAGAAGCUAUUGGCAUUUAACCCUGCGAAAAGAAUUACUGUCGAAGAUGCUUUAAAGCACCCUUACCUUGAGCCUUACCAUGACCCUGAGGAUGAACCCACCGCACCGCCAAUUCCCGAUGAGUUCUUUGACUUUGAUAGAAGAAAGGAUGAACUGAGCAAAGAGCAACUAAAGAUGCUUAUCUUUGAGGAGAUUAUGCGGUGAAAGCAAUGGGUUUAAUGCCCCAGAUGUUUGAGUGAGGGGAGCCCCGGGCUUUGGGUUUUCUUUUGGGAUUGAUGUUUACACCUUAUGUUUUUCUUGACUGAUUAUACCAAUGGAUUCGUGGUCCUCGUUUCGUAUCUCGGAAAUUCCUCUUACUAUCCCACCAAUGUUUAUCUCCUCCAUUUCCUUAGUUUUCUUGCCUUUUAGGUUUGUGAGGGGGGUUUAUUACUUGUGGGAAUGAGCGGAUGGGAAAAUAAAAGUCAAAUUCAUGCGAG